AUGUCCGCAGGAGACGUCGAGAUCCAUUCCGUGCCCAAGGCGGCCUCGCCGAGCACGCCCGUGAAGCUGAACAAGUUCUCAUGCGCACUUACACAAGACAAGAGGCGCGGCGGUGCCCAGGCCAUGUUGCAUGCCGUGGGCGUGACGCCGGACGACCUUGACAAGCCGCAGAUCGGUAUCUCGCCUGUGUGGUGGGAAGGCAACCCUUGCAACAACCACCUUCUGGAGCUUGCCAAGAAGGUGAAGCAGGGAUGUGAACAGGAGGGCCUUGUCGGCUUGACUUUCAGCACAAUCGGUGUCAGCGAUGGUAUUACCAUGGGUACUGAGGUAAUUAGCUACCUCCUCCCGUUUCGCUCAACCAAUGGGGUCACUCAGGCACAACACUAUGACGGCAACAUCGCCCUCCCUGGUUGUGACAAGAACAUGCCCGGCUGUGUAAUUGCCGCUGCCCGUCACAACCGCCCUACGGUCAUUGUAUAUGGCGGUACCAUCCAGGCUGGUGUCCGAAAGGUCGACUGCCCAUCCCUUGGCCACAAGAAGGGCGAUGACAUGAACAUCGCCGACGCGUUCGAGUCCUACGGCGCGUUCGCAGUCGGAAAGAUCACCGAGGAGCAGCGCCUCGACGUCGUCCGCCACUCAUGUCCCGGCCCCGGUGCUUGCGGUGGCAUGUUCACCGCAAACACGAUGUCGAGUGUCCUGGAGGUUCUCGGCUUGUCCCUGCCCUACUCUGCGUCCAUCCCUGCUAUCUACCCCGAAAAGGCGCAGGAGUGCGUGAAGGCCGCUAAGUACUUGAAGCGUCUCCUCGAGCUCGACAUCAAGCCCAGGGAUAUUCUCACCCGCAACGCGUUCCUCAACGCAAUCACCAUCGUCAACGUCAUCGGUGGUUCCACUAACGCUGUCCUCCACUUGCUCGCCAUGGCCCGUGCAGCAGAUGUUGAGCUCAACAUCGACGACUUCCAGAAGGUCGCUGACCGGACACCCUACCUCGCCGACCUCAAGCCCUCCGGCAAGUACGUCAUGGAGGACCUCCACCGCGUCGGCGGUAUCCCCGCGCUGCUCAAGUACCUGCUCAAGCACACGGACCUUAUCGACGGCACGCAGCUGACCGUCACCGGCAAGACGAUCGCGGAGAACCUCGAGGACGUGCCCGAGCUCCAGUUUGCGGACCAGGACGUCGUCCGUCCGCUCAGCAACCCAAUUAAGUCGACCGGUCACUUGACGAUCCUCCGCGGGAAUCUCGCGCCCGAGACUGCUGUCGCGAAGAUCACUGGCAAGGAGGGCUUGCGCUUCGAGGGUAUCGCCAAGUGCUUCGACAGCAUCCCUCCCUUCUUCACCGCGUUGGAGAACGGCGAGAUCACCGCCGGAAUGGCCAUCAUCUUCCGCUACCAGGGCCCCAAGGGUGCACCCGGUAUGCCCGAGAUGCUUGGUCAGACCGCAGCCCUCAUGGGUGCCGGCCUCGGUGGCAAGUCCGCACUCAUCACGGACGGCCGCUUCUCCGGUGCCUCCCGCGGCUUCAUCAUCGGUCACGUCGUCCCCGAGGCGUUCGUCGGCGGGCCGAUCGCGCUCGUCGAGGAUGGCGACAAGAUCGUCAUCGACACCGAGAAGCGGUCGAUCGACUGGCUCGUGUCCGAGGAGGAGCAGGCGCGCCGCCGCGAGAAGUGGGUCCCGCGCGAGUACCGCGAGAAGCGCGGCGUGCUGUACCGUUACGCCCGCGACGUCGCCCCCGCGAACCUUGGCGCUUACUGCGAUUGA